CUUUGUAGGUGUACGGUCGGGUUGGUUUUGGCAAAAACCACGUUUUACGUAAACAACUGUUGAAUAUGUCCACAGACCAUCUGAAAACCCCAUGCAUGCAUGCAUCCAUCUCUGGCUCCAUUGCCAACAACAUUUGCAAGAAGGCCAUCUCUCUCCUGCAAGGACGAUAACCUUGUUUCUUUGCAUUGCUAACAAAAAAUCACCAUCCUCUCUCAUAUACAAAACGAUAUUACUCUUGAUCCAGAUAUAUAAUGAAAAAACUGAAGGGUGGUGAUCAAAUGAAUCGUGCCCCAGGAGGUUCGUUCAUAUGUUUCAUCUCUUGCUUUUUAUUCGUAUCCAUCGUGGCCGGAGGCGGGUGCCUUCUAAUGUACAUGAUCCUGCCUGAACCACAAACCAGAGGUCGUUAUUGGCUUCCCAUUAUUGGGGUUGCGCUGGUUUGCCUUCCAUGGGUGUUCUGGUUCCUCACAUUCGUAUACAGACUCAUUUCUCGGCGCUCUGGAUCUAGGUUUGGCGUUGGCAAUGCCGGAGGAGCUGGUGGUGCAAAAAAUAUUAAUACAGCUGCAGCUGCAGGUGCGAAUGUACGGGCCGGCACGGAUACGGCUGCACCCGCUGAUAAGUCUUCCGGGGGUGAAACCGGUGCGAUGGUAGCUGGAGAGAUAGAAUUAGGAAGUUUCAAGGAUGGAAAGCGAAGGGUUUCAUCGUUAAGCCGCACUUCGUCAAGCAUUAAUGGAUCUAAUCAUUCUAAUCAUUCUCAUGAGAGUGAAAUGCCUCUGGCCACAUCAAUGGCAUCUUGAUAUCUAAUUAAUUAUUAUAAGCAAUGCACAAGAACUUCAAGAGCUUCAUCUUUGAGCAACAUUUAUGUCCUUAACUAGGGCAAAAACAAUGGUCACUUUAUCAACCAUAGAGAAGAACUUUAUCAAACAAGGGUAAAAAAAUGUUGUAGAUUUCUCUUUCGGGUCUGAGAUGGGAUUUUUCCAUCCCCAAGAAUGACAUCUUUUCUCAUAUUCAUUCUCAAGUUUCA